GCCUUUCCGGCGGGAGCAGCAUGGCGGCCACGGGGACGGAGGCUCCGGCCGCGGCCGUGAAGGCUCCGGCGCUGCUGGCGCUGGAGCCGCGGCUGCAGCGAGAGUUCCAGCAGAAGGUGCAGCGGUCCCGCAACAAGCGGGAGCCCAAGGAGGAGCUGAGGCCCGGCGUGGUGUUCGUGGGGCACCUCCCGCGGGGCCUCUUCGAACCGCAGCUCCGCGAGUACUUCGAGCAGUUCGGGACGGUGACGCGGCUCCGGCUCUCCAGGAGUAAGAAGACUGGAGGCAGCAAAGGCUAUGCAUUUAUAGAGUUUGAGUGUGAUGACGUGGCCAGGAUUGUUGCAGACACAAUGAACAACUACCUGUUUUCUGAAAGACUGCUCAAGUGUCAGUUCUUACCUCCCGAAAGGGUCCACGAGGACCUCUUCAAAAACUGCGACAAAAUAUUCCGGAAACCUUCCCAGCCGGCGGUGCGGCGGUACAACAGGAUCCGCUCCCUGGUGGAGAAGGCCAGGAUGACAAAGCGCCUGCUGCGGAAGGAGAGGCUCUUACGGAAGAGGCUGGCCGAAAAGGGGAUCGAUUAUGACUUCCCAGGAUUCGCUACACAGGCCCUUUGCAAAAAGAGGAAAAAAGUUAAAACAUCCAAGAAAUCAAAACUGAACGUUUCUUUGACCACCCAGGAUCCUACUCCAGUCUGUACUCCAGCAGUGCUCGAGCGCCGGAAAGCUGCUCAGGUGGAUGAUGAUGCAGAGGACGACGAAAUAACUCUCCGAUUGCCCCCUGCCAGCGUUAAGAAUGCUUUGCAGAGGCCAGAGAAGCAGCCAAGGAAAAGACCAAACCCAAAGAUACAGAAAUAGACUUAAAUUUUAGGGGCUCUCGCCAUGUUUUCCCUCAACUUAAAAACUGUUGAGGUAGACGUUCUAGUGGUUCUGCUGCCCUAGCUCUGUUCAUCCUGACUAGGCUGUUUCAGUCUUUCCUAGGCAAGGGUUGUUCACAAAUCCUGCCCCUCUGGUGUAGCCAGCA